GAGGGGGAAGGGAUCCUGCCCACGCCUGGGGAGACCGAAGGGCACAGCUCCCCGCGCCGCGCACGCCGCCCGAGCCCGGAGUGCGGACACCCCCGGGAUGUGAGUGAGCCCCCCGACCCCGAGGCCCACGCUCCACGCCCCAUCCGCGGCUUGCGCCCCAGAGGACCCGCGCCCCAAGCCCCCGCGCCGCCCCCAGGCCCACCCGGAGCAUGCUGCCUGCAGCCAUGAAGGGCCUCGGCCUGGCGCUGCUGGCCGUCCUGCUGUGCUCGGCGCCCGCUCAUGGCCUGUGGUGCCAGGACUGCACCCUGACCACCAACUCCAGCCAUUGCACCCCAAAGCAGUGCCAGCCGUCCGACACGGUGUGUGCCAGUGUCCGAAUCACCGAUCCCAGCAGCAGCAGGAAGGAUCACUCGGUGAACAAGAUGUGUGCCUCCUCCUGCGACUUCGUUAAGCGACACUUUUUCUCAGACUAUCUGAUGGGGUUUAUUAACUCUGGGAUCUUAAAGGUCGACGUGGACUGCUGCGAGAAGGAUUUGUGCAAUGGGGCAGCAGGGGCAGGGCACAGCCCCUGGGCCCUGGCCGGGGGGCUCCUGCUCAGCCUGGGGCCUGCCCUCCUCUGGGCUGGGCCCUGAUGUCUCCUCCUUCGCACGGGGCUUCUGAGCUUGCUCCCCUGAGCCUGUGGCUGCCCUCUCCCCAGCCUGGCGUGGCUGGGGCUGGGGGCAGCCUUGGCCCAGCUCCGUGGCUGUGGCCUGUGGCUCUCAUUCCUCCCCCGACGUGAAGCCUCCCUGUCUCUCCGCCAGCUCUGAGUCCCGGGCAGGUGGACAUCUCCAGGAAACCAGGCCAUCUGGGCAGGAGGCCUGGGGAUGAGGGUGGGGGGGGGACCCCCAGGUCCCGGAGGGGAAGUGAAGCAACAGCCCAGCUGGAAGGGCGUCUUCUGCGGAGAAAUAAAGUCACUUUUGAGUCCUGA